UUGAGUAUUCUCAUUGAGUUAGUCUCAAUUGGUGGGGGUCGAAGAGCAAGUGUGUUGGUCGCUAAAGGAGGGACACAGAUCUUGUUGCAGCUGCUUUUGAAUGCCAGCAAAGACUCUCCACCAAAUGAGGAGUUAAUGGUGCUUCUUCACACCCUUCUUGCAAAAAUUGGUCCAAAAGAUAAAAAGAUUGGCAUGAAGGCUAGAAUUAAUGGUGCCCUAAACAUAUCAUUGAAUUUGGUCAAGCAGAAUUUGCAGAACCACAGGUUAAUACUGCCGUGUCUUCAGGUACUGAGAGUUUACUCAUCCAACUCUGUAAAUGCAGUAUCCUUGGGAAAGAAUGGAGUAGUAGAACUGAUGUUUAAGAUCAUUGGCCCUUUCAGUAAGAAGAACACUAGCCUUAUGAAGGUUGCUUUAGACACACUUGCUGCAUUGCUAAAAUCAAAGACAAACGCCAGGAGAGCAGUAGAUAGAGGAUAUGUACAUGUGCUUUUAACGAUUUAUGUAGAUUGGCACCGUCAUGAUAGUCGACACAGAUAUAUGCUGAUACGUAAAGGUAUUUUACAAUGCAUUAAAAGCGUUACAAACAUCAAAUUAGGAAGAAAAGCAUUCACUGAUGCCAAUGGGAUGAAAAUUCUUUACAACACUUCACAAGAGUGCCUUGCAGUAAGAACUCUUGAUCCCCUUGUCAACACAUCCAGCCUAAUAAUGAGAAAAUGUUUUCCUAAAAAUCGCCUUCCUUUACCUACUAUUAAAAGUGCUUUCCAUUUCCAACUCCCAGUUAUUCCUGCUAAUGGACCUGUGGCUCAGCUGUACAGUUUGCCUCCUGAAGUGGAUGACGUAGUGGAUGAAAGUGAUGAUAAUGAUGAUGCCGAAGCAGAAUCAGAAAUUGAAACGGAAAAUGAAGAUGACAAGGACCAACAUUUUAAGAAUGAUGAUAUUGAGACUGAUAUUAAUAAACUGAAACCUAGACAGGAAUUGGGGCGACCAAUAGAAGAACUGAAAAUGUAUGAGCAGUUUUUCCCAGAACUUUCAGAAAACUUUCAGGAAUGUGAUUUAGUCUCCAAGGAGCCAAAGCCUUUUCGAUCUGAUGCAAAUUUAGGUGGGCCUAUUGUUGUUCCUACAGCAGGAGAGGAGCACUUUGCAGAAGCAAACCCGUCAGUAAAUGAAAUUUCUCUGAAGGAGAGCAAUUCUUUGUUGACAGAGGAAUACAAUAUAAGGCCAGCCUUUCUAGAACUGCCAAAGAAAGAUAGUAACAAAGACAGUAGUUUACAUCAGCAAAACGAUCAAAGGAGGCUGCUGCCAUCAUGUCAGUGUCUAAGCCAAGAAAUUAUAAAAGGCUUGGACAGAAUCACUCUGCAGAACAGUGCAAAAAAUGAACAAUAUUAUGGUGCAGGGUGUGUAAUAAAGAAGGAAAGCAAAACUAGCCUUAGCACACUUGCUUGUAGUAAACCUUGCGAACAUGUUUCACCCUGCGGAAGUAGCCUCUUUGAGGGAUCAUCUGUCCAACUGGGAAAACUAUGCUGCACUGGGGUGGAUUCUGAGGAGGACGACGAUUCUGGCUCAAGUUCAUCAGGGGAACAAGUGAUGCUUGAAGUUUCUGAUGUAUCACCAGUUCAUGACUCUGAUCUCUAUAUUGAAAUGGUAAAAAACACAAAAUCUAUCCCUGAAUAUUCAGAAGUGGCCUAUCCAGAUUAUUUUGGCCAUAUUCCGCCCCCAUUUAAGGAGCCUAUUCUGGAAAGGCCUUAUGGGGUGCAGAGGACAAAAAUCUCUCAAGAUAUUGAAAGGCUGAUUCAUCAAAAUGACAUUAUAGAUAGAGUUGUGUAUGACCUUGAUAAUUCCAGUUAUUCAGUACCUGAGGAAGCAGAUGUUUUGAAGUUUAAUUCCAAAUUUGAAUCUGGAAACCUACGCAAAGUUAUUCAGAUCAGAAAAAACGAGUAUGAUCUAAUUCUGAACUCGGAUAUCAAUAGCAAUCAUUAUCAUCAGUGGUUUUACUUUGAAGUCAGUGGAAUGAAAACUGGCGUUGGUUACCGGUUUAACAUCAUCAACUGUGAAAAGUCAAACAGUCAGUUUAACUACGGUAUGCAACCCCUCAUGUAUUCUGUUCAGGAAGCGUUAAAUUCUAGACCAUGUUGGACUCGUGUUGGGACAGACAUUUGUUACUACAAGAAUCAUUUUUCAAGAAGUUCGAUUGCUGCUGGGGGACAGAAAGGAAAAUCUUACUAUACCAUUACGUUCACAGUGACUUUCCAACAUAAGGACGACGUCUGCUAUUUUGCUUACCAUUAUCCAUACACAUACUCAACCUUAAAGAUGCAUCUACAGAAACUGGAAUCCAUGCACAACCCUCAACAGAUAUAUUUUCGGCAAGAUGUUCUCUGUGAGACCCUGGCUGGCAACAGUUGCCCGUUAGUCACUAUUACAGCCAUGCCAGAGUCAAAUUACUAUGAACAUAUCUGUCAGUUCAGGAAUCGUCCUUAUAUUUUCCUAUCUGCUCGUGUACAUCCGGGAGAGACGAAUGCAAGCUGGGUUAUGAAGGGAACACUGGAAUAUCUUAUGAGCAAUAAUCCAAGUGCCCAAAGCUUACGAGAAGCUUAUAUUUUCAAAAUUAUUCCCAUGCUCAAUCCAGAUGGUGUCAUCAAUGGAAACCACCGUUGCUCUUUAAGUGGAGAGGAUUUAAACAGACAGUGGCAAAAUCCAAAUCCAGAUCUGCAUCCCACAAUUUACCAUGCCAAAGGCUUACUGCAAUAUCUGGCUUCUAUAAAACAUUUACCGCUGGUCUACUGUGAUUAUCAUGGUCAUUCUCGUAAAAAGAAUGUGUUUAUGUAUGGCUGCAGCAUCAAGGAGACAAUGUGGCACACUAACGUUAGUGCUGCUUCUUGUGACCUGAUGGAAGACCCUGGUUACAGGGCGCUCCCUAAGAUCCUCAGUCAGACUGCCCCAGCAUUCUGUAUGGGCAGCUGCAGCUUUGUGGUGGAAAAGUCCAAAGAAUCAACAGCACGAGUUGUUGUCUGGAGGGAGAUAGGAGUACAAAGGAGCUACACAAUGGAGAGCACGUUAUGUGGAUGUGACCAGGGCAAAUAUAAGGGGUUGCAGAUAGGUACAAGAGAACUGGAGGAGAUGGGAGCCAAGUUCUGUGUUGGCUUACUGCGUUUAAAAAGAGUGGUCUCACCUUUGGAAUACAGUCUGACUUCUAGUCUGUUGGAUAUUGAAAAUGAGCUGAUUGAGUCAAGCUGUAAAGUGACAAGCCCCACUACAUAUGUUUUGGAUGAAGAUGAGCCUCGCUUCCUUGAAGAAGUUGAUUACAGCGCAGAGAGUAAUGAUGACCAAGACAUUGAUGAGGCUACUAAUCAAGAAGAUGGACUUUCAGACUCGGAAUCAACAAGGACAGCCCUUUCUUGAACCAUCUUUGCAGCUAAUAAUAAGAAAUUAAGCACCUUGGGUUUUUAGAGUCAUACUGCCUCACUCUUGUCUAUCAAGAGAAUGGGCUUAAGGAGAUGCACGCAACUGGGGCCUGGCUAGUUCAGGGACAAUAAAUAUUUCUGAUCUAUGAUAAAUUGGCAUUUGUUUUAUUUAAGGAAUUCUGCUCUUUCACUUAGCACUGAAUAAACAAAUUUCUUUACCAGUUCAUUUUCUACUAAACAGCAUUGCAUGGCAUUUUGUGUCCUUAAACUCUAUCAUCAACAAACUGAUUAUAAUUUGUGGUGUGUCAGAGUGCAAAAGCUAAUUCUUUGUGGUACAGUUCUUUUGAGUUGCUUCCUGGAAAAUAUUUAUGUACAGAUUUUUUUUUUUUUUAAAUUAAUAUGUGUGUGUGUGUAUGUAUAUGCGUGUGUCUUUACUGAGGUGAAGAGGUUAUUUUUCGAAAUUAUGUUAAAGAUAUUUGAUUGUGUUUGGAAAUAAUGUAGUGCCUGCUCUGAAACCAUUUAACAAUUACUAAAUUAAAAAUGAGAAAGUGGUGUAUGAAUUGCUGCAGUUGUUUCUUACUUCUCUGAGGGUUAUAGGGUUUUACGACCGUAUUCAGUGAGAAUUGUUAAUAUCUGUUCACAGUUCAGGAGUUCUGCGCAGACCAGCACCAGCCUAAGCUUAAAAGAAUUAUGCAUUUGUAUAAAAGCUCUUCCAUAUAAUAUAGCCAUCUCUUGUGAGGGAAUAAUGUGUUACCUAAACCACAGUUUAAUAUGAACUUUUUUUUUAAGUGGAUAUGACUAUAAGAAGUGGUUAGAUAACAUAUGUUGUCUGUAUGUUUAGCUACCCACUUGUUCUUUUUUUCUUGCCUAGCAUGCACAUAGUUAAAAUGAGUUCAAUUUACUUGGACCACAUUACUUGUGCCACAUUAACCGUAUACCCGUUUUAAAUGCUUUAGGAGGGAGGGUCUGUUUUGGUUUGAACAUCUUUUUACCUCAUCUGAAAGCAGUGUGGACAUGGCUUUGAGCAGGAGCUAGGACUAGGUAACCUCCUAAGAUCCCAUCCAGCUUGAGUUAUUCUGUGAUUCUCUGUUCCCUGUGUUUAAAGUCAGAACUGUCAUGGUGUGGGAUUUCCCCUUUUUGUUGUCUUUUGUCAUUACCAAUUAUUAUUCCCCCUUGCCUCUGCUUACAAUAAGAUCUAAUACAGAAGUGAAAUUGCACCCCAUUGUUUACAGAACUGACAUGUUUUACUGUGGACAAGAUAUUUCCAAAAUGAUUUUUUUACUUGAUGUGACCUAAUUCUGGCAUUCAUUUUCUGUUGCAUGUGCAAGGGCUGUAAAAGCAUGAAGAAUCAUGCUUCUAAGUUACAGCGGGUUUUUAACUGAUGAGAGAUUUGUGUAUGCUUACUGCUGCAAACGAAAUGGUAGUUUUGGAGAGGAAGGUUGCCUUUGAUAGAAAGAUUAAAAAACAAAAGAAUUAAGUAUGUUAGUGAUUCUCAAUGGGGAGAUGAUCUUUCACUGGUUAACUUCUCGGUCAAAUGCAGCAUCUGGUUGAUGAUGCCUGAUUGAUGGACUUACAUCUUGAUUCUGAAAUUGGGGGAGGAUUUUUGACACCUCCCCCAAUGAUAGCCCUCAGUGACAUGCUACUGUAUUUUUGUUUAAAGGCUUAAAUUUGUUAAUCAUGAACUGUGAGAUGUGAGGAUGUAACAGAACUACGUAUGUUCUUUUUCCCUGUUUAAAUCUCUCUAAAGUGGUCAUUGUUUAUGUUCUUUGAGCUACAUUGAGUAAGAAAAUUUAUUUAGUACUCUGUUAAAGAAGAACCCUUUGCAUGAAAUCACAAUCACAACACGUAGGUGCGGUGAGUUUUGGCAGUCUACCAAAACCAGGGAUUAACCUUGCCACAGAAUUUUAAAAACUUGUAAAUCAGCCCAGUGAGAGCCGUACAGAAUGCUCGUGUUGCUGUGUCAAUGUUAUACCAGUUCUCUGCAUAAAUAGAUCUUCACCCUUAAGAUUUCUGACUUCAAUACCUUCUAUAACUAAUAUUCACUUAAGUUUUGGGGAGUAUGGGAUUCCAGGUAUUAAAGUUGACAUUAUUAUGCAUUUCUCCUCAGUUUUCAUACAAAUCUGUAUGAACCCUGGAACAUUUUUAUCAUAUUACAGGCGAGACUAGGAAUCUACUACAUAGAAUUGGAAAGAAUUCUGUUUUAGUAGUGCAAAAUCACCUUCAGUGUUCAUCCUAUGUGAAAAUGCAUAUGUGUUUUUUCACAUCUUCCAGAGCUUUUAGUCUGUGCAAAAGAGGUUUUACAAAUGACUUAGAUAACCACUCAGGAUAAUAGCCACAUUCCUUAAAUAAUAAUGUUGUAUUUAUACAUUAGAUUGCUAUUUCCAGCUGGAAAUUAUGGGCCUCAUCUUCUAAGAGUGCAGUUCAGAUGCAGAGGUGAAACUUUAUCCUUACCUUGCACACUGUUGAAAAUACAAAGGCCACAUCUUGUCUAUAUUUUACUGUGGUUUGUAUCUAGGUGCAAUAUUCUAAAAGACCAAAUCUCAGUUUAUACUCACAGGCACACAGGCUCGUGGGAAGACCUGCCGCAGCCGUAGCUGUUUCAGACUGCUUACGGCUCUACUAAACGUUAGCACCCUUGCAGCAGUGUUAGCAGACAAAUGCGUUAUGUCCUGCCUUAUCUGUUUUGGUAGGUUGUCUGGUGGUUUAGCUGAAACUGGAAUAGCUGAAACACAUAUUUCGCUCUGUUACUGGGGCAUUUAUUCCUAAUAAAUGGGCAGAAUGUAUAGCAAAGAAUGACAGCUUCUUUAACUGGCAUAACUCAGUUGUCUAGCAUUGCCUGACCCAGGCAAUUUACUGUCAUUAUUUUACACAUUGGUGUUUCUUCAGUGUGUUUCUGAUUUUAAGUGAGGCAUAACUGAUUCUCCAUAGAAAAAGAAGCUUUUCCUAUAUUUGGUUCAGUAAUAACAAAUAACAUAGAAACAUUAAUAAUUACAUUUGUGUUACUUACUGUUCUGCUUCAAAAUAAUUGCUAGAUGAUGAAUUCCUUUAUUCCUGCUCCAGUUAUAAUUCAGAUUGUAGCACAAAUUUAGUAUUUUGUCUUCACUGAUAACAUCCCUUGGUGUAAUGUAACUUUCAGCUGAGAUUGCAGUUUGCGCCAAAAUCUUGUUUGGUGCUUUUUGGAGGUGGACCAUUGCAUCAGCCUGGUAUAUUAAGGAGAACGAAUUUUAAUCUCAAAUAAGACUGCAAUAGCAGUAAAUGAAGUUCACAAAAUGCAAAAAUUACAGGUUUCAGAUAAUUU